CUUCUCCUUCUUCUUCUUUCAUCCAUCUUUGGUGUGUGCGUAAAUGUGAAACGGAUGAGCAGGUUCAGAACGAGUCGCUGUGAACUUUCUGUCUUUUGAUCUCGGACGCACGCUUGAUGAGCGGUUCUCACGCAGUUUGGAAAAUGUCUGAAAGAUCUCAGAGUCCGGAGUGCCAAAUCCGGCCGUACGACUUCAGCCGGACCAACCCUUGCACCCAGGGUUUGGGUCCUGAGAGUUUGGGCGGCCCUGCGUCCUUCCAGCUCCCUCACGGCGUCCUGCCAGACCCGGGCCUCUUCUACAACAAAGCAGCUUAUGGUGGCAUCUCGCAGGCGUCCCCGCAGACCUUCUUCCCGUUCCCGGCCGUCACCAGCGACUACAGGGGAUCCGAUCUUCAGGCUGCAGAGUUCGGCCAACCCAAACACUGGUAUCCAUUCGCUGCGCCUGAGUACACCGGCCAGGUACCCGGCGUACCAGCAUCCACCCAGCCUGCCAACCUGAGCCCCCCCAUAGCUGAGACCCGGGAGCAAAUCAAACUGCACGAAAUAAAGACUGAGAAGGACACUAGCAAUGACUACUCCACGGAGAUAAAGGUCCAACAGUACCCAGCAGCUCAGGCCCCAGCAGCCAUGGCCCAUGGGGUGUUCUACUCUCCGGCCUGGAACCCGUCCUUCUGGCCAGGGAUCACCCACAUUACACCACCCGGCAGCAGUAAUCAAAACCCCUCAACCUCGUCUGCAUCUUCACCAUCCAUGUCCCCGUCUCCUCCAAGCAACGGGCUCCCAGGGAACGCGUUUUUCAGCGUGAACACGACCCAAAAUGUCCCCGGGCCCCAGACGCAGAACCCGGCCUCCUCCACGCGGAGCAGCGGGUCCUCCAGCGGAGGGUGCAGCGACUCGGAGGAGGAGAAUCUUUCCACAGAGGAACUAGAGCAGUUCGCCAAGGAACUGAAACACAAACGCAUCACUUUGGGUUUCACUCAAGCUGAUGUUGGCCUGGCCUUGGGUAACCUUUAUGGUAAGAUGUUCAGCCAGACGACCAUUUGCCGCUUUGAGGCUCUUCAGCUGAGCUUUAAGAACAUGUGCAAGCUGAAGCCCCUUCUUCAGAGAUGGCUGAAUGAGGCAGAGACAUCGGACAAUCCCCAGGAUAUGUACAAGAUUGAGCGAGUAUUUGUUGACACAAGAAAGAGGAAGAGAAGGACCAGUCUGGAAGGAGCCGUGCGCUCUGCCCUGGAGUCUUACUUUAUCAAGUGUCCAAAGCCCAACACCCAAGAGAUAACGCACAUCUCAGAUGACCUGGGUCUGGAGAGAGAUGUUGUACGCGUAUGGUUCUGCAACCGAAGACAGAAAGGAAAGCGCCUGGCCUUGCCACUAGACGAGGAGUGUGACGGCCAGUACUAUGAGCAGAGCCCCUCCCCACUGAACAUGGUCGCCUCGCCCAUUACCACUCAGGGCUACCCUGUUUCCAGCUACCACGGUGCCCCUCCUCCUACACUCUACAUGCCCCCCCUUCAUCGGCCUGACGUCCUGAAACAAGCCAUGCACCCCGGACUAAUUGGUCACCUGACUGGAUAACCUCAGGUGCUUAGGUAGGCCAGAACCACAGAUUGCCUUCCCAUGCCUCUGCUCUUCUAAAUCCAACCACCAGAUUCAGCGAUCACAUGGAUCGUGGAAUAAAAACAUUCCAAGUGGGGAGGCUCUUCUACUGACCACAGCAGGGAGAUGGAUGAAAGUGGUUACUAGUUCCUGUUUUGAUGGCGAAACGUAUCAAACUGCUAUGGGCAACAUCCUCUUACAAUGACCUGCAAUCCAACAACUGCUUCGACUUCAUACAAAGAGAAAUUUAAGCUGAACAUGCCUUUUUUUUAAUUUUUUAUUAAUGCAUAGUAAAUUAUUCAGUAGGCUUAAAAAUUUCAGGUUUAGAACAAUUUCAGAGUGAGAUUUGGUACAGUUGCUAACUUACUACUUACUAUACAUGGUCCAGUUGUUUGGUGAGAAUGUGGUUGUAAAUGCAAGCAGGGUUAAAGAGCCCCAGGGUAUUCCUUUCACUUUUGCCAAAUCCCUGUUAGGUUUCUGUGGUGCAUGUGAGGAAAUAUUUUAGUUGCCAAAGAAAUCACAAUGUGAGGAGAUUUAAACCAAAAUCACCUCUUGACAGUUCGGUCAAUGUUUGUGCAAUACUUCUGUGUUUCAUCUGAAUAUAGCAGCUGCAGUAUUUUUCUAAUCUGCCUCAACGAAAUGGAAAAUGCAAAUCUCAAAUUCUCCCAUCAUUUUUGCACAAAGUUGCUUUUGUAUUGUUGAAUAUUAUAUCUUUUUUAAAGAAAAUGCCCUGUUUAUAUACUGAACAAAGCUUUUUGGCCUCAAUGUUGUUGAUAAUCUUCAAUGUAUUUAGCCAAUAUCUUUAGCGAUAUUUAGGGGGUGGUGAGAUUCUAAGUAAGAGUGAUAAAUGAUUUGUUACUCACAAGUGUUUUAGCUGCUAAUCUGCCAUUUGCACACAAUAGAUAUUUUCUCAAUGUCUCAGGUGAAUUGAAGUGAGAUUUGGUCUAAUCUGACCCGGAUCAAUUAUGCUGUCAAAUUGUAUUUCAAUACCUCAUUUUGUUUUUAUUGUAAAUGUUUUUUAUGUUUAUGAAAUGUUGAAUAACACUCACUUGAUACAAGUUUGGAUGCUUCGUGGAGUAUUUCUCUCGUACGGUCUUGUUUUGAGCAAUUGUUUUACUCGGAUGACUGUCAUUUUUAGACAUUAAGACAUUAAAUGUCAUUUAUUCACUCCUUUUGACUAUACCUCAACUGACUUAAGAUGCCUGUGAAUGUGUUA